ACACGGCUGCAGCUAGAAGGCGGCUGACAGCUCCGAGGCUCAUUUCAGCACCAAGGACAGCAGCAGGCAGGCAAGCAGCAAGCAGGCAGGCAGGCAGCCCCUCUGCCUGUACGGAAUAGUGGGCACCCAGAACCUGAGCCAUGCACCCAGCACCCCUCAUCUAACACCUCCUCUCCCCUUCAUAUCUACCCCCAUCAUCAUCUAUUCACCCCCCAAUCAAUGCCAUCGAUCCUGAUCCCAUCCUAACACCUUAUCACUUGUCAUCGGAUUCACUGGGUAUUCUGCACCCCCCUCACCCAGGCACCAGUAGGAGGAAUUGGCUUUGGAUCUCUUGAGACCUACCUUAGAUCAUUGAUUGUGCUACCUCCACCUCCAGCCCCCCCCCCCCAUCCCCCAACAUAAGCCUCAGUCUCUGGCAUCUCAGUUUCACCCUGUCUGGAGCUGGGGAGCCCCCCCAAAAGCAGGACGUUGGCUCAGCCGGGGUGUGCCAAGUCCAUGGACAGGAUGCGCCUGUUCUUGCUGGCAGUGCUCUUCUUGUUCUCGUUUGCCCGGGCUGGAUGUGACCCCAAAAUCGUGAACAUCGGGGCGGUCCUGAGCACCAAAAAACACGAAGUGCUCUUUAGGGAUGCUGUCAACCAAGCCAACAAGAGGCAUGGCACCUGGAAGAUCCAACUCAAUGCCACCUCUGUCAUCCACAGGCAAAAUGCCAUCCAGAUGGCUCUGUCUGUCUGCGAGGACCUCAUCUCCAGCCAGGUUUAUGCCAUAUUGGUCAGUCCCCCACCAGCCCCAACAGAUCACAUGACUCCAACGCCAGUCUCUUAUACAGCUGGAUUCUAUCGAAUACCGGUCAUCGGGCUAACGACCAGAAUGUCGAUAUAUUCUGAUAAGAGCAUCCAUCUGUCCUUCCUCCGCACUGUCCCACCAUACUCGCACCAGGCUCUGGUCUGGUUUGAGAUGAUGCGUAUCUUUGCCUGGAAUCACGUAAUUCUCAUUGUGAGUGAAGACCACGAGGGCCGGGCAGCCCAGAAGAAGUUAGAGACCCUCCUAGAAGAGAAAGAAUCCAAGAGUAAAAAAAGGAACUAUGAAAACCUCGAACAACUUUCCUAUGACAACAAGCGUGGACCCAAGGCAGAAAAAGUUCUUCAUUUUGAGCCUGGAACCAAAAAUGUGACUGCUCUACUGACUGAAGCAAAAGGCCUAGAAGCCAGAGUGAUCAUCCUCUCUGCAAGUGAGGAUGACGCCAGUACUGUGUACAAGACAGCAGCUGUGCUAGACAUGACAGGCUCUGGCUAUGUGUGGUUGGUUGGAGAAAGGGAAAUUUCUGGAAGUGCCUUACGAUAUGCACCUGAUGGGGUCAUCGGUCUGCAGUUGAUCAAUGGGAAAAAUGAAUCCGCCCACAUAAGUGAUGCAGUGGCCAUUACCGCUCAGGCAAUUCAUGAUCUUUUUGAAAAAGAAAAUAUUACUGACCCGCCAAGAGGGUGUGUAGGAAAUACAAACAUCUGGAAAACUGGGCCGCUAUUCAAAAGGGUGCUAAUGUCCUCCAAAUACCCAGAAGGUGUUACAGGAAGGGUGGAAUUUAAUGAAGAUGGAGACAGAAAAUUUGCCAACUACAGCAUUAUGAACCUUCAAAACCGAAAACUCGUCCAAGUUGGGAUAUUCAAUGGAAGCCACAUUUUACAGAAUGACAGAAAGAUUAUUUGGCCAGGAGGUGAAACAGAAAGACCUGAAGGGUACAAAAUGUCGACCAAUCUAAAGAUAGUGACUAUUCACCAAGAACCGUUUGUUUAUGUCAAAGCAGCAUUACCAGAUGGUACCUGUAAAGAGGAAUAUGGUAUAACUGGUGAGCUCAUCAAAAAAGUUCAAUGCCAAGGGCCCAAUGAGACCACCCCAGGUCGUCCCACCAUUCCCCAGUGCUGUUAUGGCUUCUGCAUUGACUUGUUGCUGAAACUCGCCAAAGAAAUGAGUUUCAACUAUGAAUUCCACCUGGUGGCUGAUGGGAAGUUUGGUACACAGGAGCGGGUUAAUAACAGCAAUAAGAAGGAAUGGAAUGGAAUGAUGGGAGAGCUACUGAGCGGACAAGCGGACAUGAUCGUCGCACCUCUGACCAUCAACAAUGAAAGAGCUCAGUAUAUUGAAUUCUCAAAGCCAUUUAAAUAUCAGGGGCUCACCAUCCUUGUGAAAAAGGAAAUACCUAGAAGCACCUUGGAUUCAUUCAUGCAACCGUUCCAGAGCACCCUUUGGCUCUUGGUGGGUCUCUCUGUCCAUGUGGUGGCGGUAAUGUUGUAUCUACUGGACAGGUUCAGUCCUUUUGGCCGGUUUAAAGUGAACACAGAGGAAGAAGAGGAGGAUGCGCUGACGCUCUCUUCUGCCAUGUGGUUCUCCUGGGGUGUCCUUCUGAACUCUGGUAUUGGAGAAGGAGCGCCAAGGAGUUUUUCCGCUAGGAUCCUUGGCAUGGUUUGGGCCGGAUUUGCUAUGAUCAUUGUAGCUUCCUACACUGCCAACCUGGCUGCCUUCCUGGUGUUGGACAGGCCUGAGGAGAGGAUAACAGGAAUCAAUGACCCCAGGCUGCGAAAUCCCAGUGACAAGUUUAUUUACGCCACAGUCAAGCAGAGUUCUGUGGACAUCUACUUCAGGAGGCAGGUGGAGCUGAGCACCAUGUACCGGCACAUGGAGAAACACAACUAUGAGAGUGCCGCUGAGGCCAUUCAGGCGGUGCGAGAUAAUAAACUUCAUGCCUUCAUCUGGGACUCGGCAGUGCUGGAAUUUGAGGCCUCUCAGAAGUGUGACUUGGUCACCACAGGAGAAUUAUUUUUCCGUUCUGGGUUUGGCAUUGGUAUGCGGAAGGACAGUCCGUGGAAACAAAAUGUGUCACUGAACAUUCUCAAAUCUCAUGAGAAUGGUUUCAUGGAAGAUCUUGAUAAGACCUGGGUUAGAUAUCAGGAAUGCGAUUCUCGCAGCAAUGCCCCAGCUACGCUUACGUUUGAGAAUAUGGCAGGUGUCUUCAUGCUAGUGGCUGGUGGUAUUGUUGCUGGAAUCUUCCUGAUAUUUAUUGAGAUUGCAUACAAGCGGCACAAAGAUGCCCGCAGGAAACAGAUGCAACUGGCCUUUGCCGCCGUUAAUGUGUGGAGGAAAAACCUGCAGCCGGGGCAGCACAGAGUCGUGACCAAGUGAAUCCAUUUCAUAGAUGUAACAUUGGACUGCACUUUCCAGAGGGUCUACAGCAUCCACAUGGGUUCCUUACCGUGUCAUACAACUUCAUAUGUCCAUACAACAUCCAUGUACCACACUGAAAUACAGCCCCCUCACCAUGGCUGACAUUCCAUCCAUGUAUCUCUUCGUCACCAAGAUAUAAGGGCUCUGUGUACAACUGGACAGGUCAUCGUGGUAAAAUAAACUGAGUAGCUCCAGUUAUUUUGGUGACAAAUGGCUAACGAACCCAUGUUUUUCCUGUAGAGGAAAAUUCCAGUAACUAGUUGCCAUUUUGCUAUUAGUUAAUUGUUUGAACACAGAAAAAAAAGAUGUUCGCUAUCUAACAGUUGGAAUUUUUAAAUAAAAAUUCAGGUUUGUACAAAGAAAAACAAAAAAAAAGUGCAGUUACAAUCUACAUAAUCAAGAAUAAUUCCCAAAUAUUGUGGUGCAUGUGCUCUUCUAUGAGUUUCUGCAGACCUGGGAGACCGAGACAGUUGCAUACCGUUGGAUCUAGGUCAAAGGGUUUAUUGGCACCUUUUUCAAAAAACACAAAUUGUCUUGGAAAAGCAUUCUUUAAAAGCAUUAAUGGGUUUGUACGUUCACACUGUGAACUUGAGUCAAUUGACAUGUUUUUCAAUGUUCAUUUGGGUAAAAGCUAUUGUUUUUACCAAUGAUGGCUGAAAAAGAGUAUAAUAACUGGAAGUGGGAACCCAACCCAUUUCACCUGUCAGAUAUGUUGUAAGGGCCAUUGAAAGGGCCUUUCAGUCUAUGUAUGUCUCUCUGGUCACCAAAGUAUGUGACCAGAUUGGAGCUUUGCUAGCUCAUAGUUUGUUAUCAAGGAUCAUUCACCUAUCUAUAUUUAAAGUGUAUCUAAAUCCAAAAGUGUUUUUAUUUUGUAUAGAGUAGAGAAGGGUUAAAACCUCUAUCAGAUUUUUAUAUCUGUCCCUCAUUAGGGAUUGUUCCCUUAAUUUUCUAUCGAGAGGAUAUAUUUUCAAUGUAAGUUGUCACAAAAACAAUUGCCUUCAUUGGAAGAUUUACCUUCUAUUUCUGUUUUGGUGGUAACUCAAAAUUUUGAAUUUAUCAAAAAUGUGGAUUUAUAUUCAUUCUCUGUGACAAUGGUGAUCAAGACAAAGAGAGUCUACUUCCUAAUGGGGACACAGACAGCACAUAAAAAUGUAACAGAGGUUCUGACCUCUUCCAUCCUAUCCAACAGAGGUUCUAACCUCUACCACUCUAUCCAAAUAAAAAAAAGUUUGUGUUUAGAUGUACUUUAAAUGUUUUUGGUAAAUCUUAUGUAUAGACCAAUACAUGUUUUAGGUUUAACAGCUCUAUAAAAAGCAGUACCAAAGGAACUUGCUGAAAUUACACAACCCCUACAUGGAAUCUAAAACCUACUUAAUUGCUUAAUAAGUCUACAUACGUUUUUGUAGGCCAAUUAGGAAAAAUAAUAUUACUUCAUGCAUUUCCUUUAACAAAACAGCAUUGCUAAAUAUUUAUUCUAGGACUUUUAGAGUCAGCCAGAACAAUGGCUCCGUCUUUAAAUGAGACAUUUAUAAUUAUGGGUGACCUAGAUUUUACCAAAUUUUUCCACAACUCAAUUUUUAAACAUUUGUGCCUGUACUUAUCUUAAUAAGUAAAAAACAAACCCUGCAUCUCUCAAGAGCUUUGAGCUCCUCAAACAUACUUGGGACGACAGUAUGUUGUAUAAAGGAAAAGUUAUUGAGAAAUACAUCCAGAUAUGAGCCUCAGCCAGAAAAAUUAUUUUGGCUUUUGCUGCAAGUAACAGAAUAAAUCCAAAAAUUAGUUAAUAUUGUCUGGUCUCUCGUAAAUUCUCUCCUUCAGUAAGGAAAGAAGUCUGCUGGCAAGUAGCACUAGACCUUCGGGAGCACCACAAUUUUCACUUGCCAACCUUCUAGAAAGCCCCUGCUCCCUGUGUUAAUGUAGAGGGACCAUUCCAUACUUGUAACGUGUGCCUAUCACUCUGUGCCGACUCUAUUGUGAAAAACACUCUUACAAUCUGAGACCUCU